AUGACGACGCUACAAAAUCAGUGCGAAAAACACCAAUUCCGCACUCAAAUUACGACGAAACAUAUUGAUGAGGCUGUUUGGAACAUUGUCAUCAAUGAUGAAAUGAAUGACGUUGCGAAUCGGAGCGUGAAUAAUGCCCUGAAGAAUAUAAGGGACAGCCACACGGACUGGCUGCGUGAAGUAAUUAUCAUUCAAAUAAAUGGAUCUGACCCUCAUGACACUUUGGACAAAAUCUGCACCGCAUGGGACAGAGCAGUGCGUGACGGUGGACAUGGAGUCCCAGAUCUCGUUGUAGAUGUAACGAGAAGUGGCUUUGGGGCUGAAACAGUGAAUUCAUUCACAGCAGCAAUGGGUGUGCCAACGCUUUCCACGCAAUUCGGACAAGAGGGUGAUUUAAGACACUGGAGAGAUUUGAAGGAAGAUCAAAAAGGCUAUUUGAUACAAGUGCUACCACCAGCCGACUUAAUACCAGAAGCUAUACGUCAGCUUGCAAUAACCAUGAACAUCAGUAAUGCUGCAAUAAUGUUUGAUGAGAACUUUGUAAUGGAUCAUAAAUAUAAGAGUCUUUUGCUCAACGUACCAACAAGACAUGUUAUUGUGAGGACAAAAGAGGUUGGGGCUAUUGACGCGCAGUUAUCACAGCUGAGAGAUCUUGACAUCGUUAAUUUCUUUGUAUUGGCGAAAGAGGAAGUCUUGACUGCGAUUCUCGAUGCUGCUGAGGCAAAAAACUUCACAGGGAGGAAGUAUGGGUGGUUCGCAUUGAGCCUUGAUGAAUUUAUACCCAAGUGCGAGUGCAAGAACCUCUCGAUUCUUUUUUUCCAGCCCCAAUCCACCAGCUUCAGUCAAGAGCAAUUAGGGGGCUUGACCAGCAAAGGACUCCUCCAACCGCCAUUGAUCACUGCUGCUUUUUAUUAUGAUGUAACUAGGCUUGCCGUUCAGGCUAUGAGAGAGGCUACUAAAAAUAAUCUGUGGCCAAUAGACCCUCAACAUAUUACAUGUGAUGAGUUCAGUGGUAACAAUACUCCAAAAAGAAACUUUAAUUUUUUGGAAAAAUUAAGGAACGUCAAUCGGGAGGUGCAGUUCGAACAAACUUAUGCCGGAUUCCAUUGGGGAAGUAAGAAUGGCGAACAUCGAGCGAAUUUUACCAUGAAAAUGAGUCUUGCGGUUAUUGAUGAUGGUAAUGCGAUCUCUACAAACGUCCUCGGGGAGUGGCCAGCGGGGAUUGACUCUCCAUUGAAGGUAAGUUUAAGAACGGUGAAGAAGUAA